GAAUGGGACAGAGAGAGAGAUAGAGGUGGGCAGAGGUGUGACUGGGUGGACAGACGGAGGCAGAGGCAGACUCGGGGCCAGCUGGGCAUUUGCCACAUCUUAUUUUUUAUUUAGGAAUUUCAAAAAGAGGGGGAAAAAAUCUAUAGUACUGUAGCAGUUGUUGUUUUUUAACGUGCGUAAACGGGUUAGGUUGUACUCCAAAUUCUCAGUGGUUCUGCUACACUUUCAGACAGAGGAGUUUAUUUGGAGGUAGUGUCCUGGGUGGAGUUUUCUUUGCCUCCCCAGAAGUGCCCGCGGCGCACGGAUUACAAUGCAAAGGAUUCUGGAGGUUUGGGUCACCUUGGUGACGGUGUCGGCGCUGACCGAGGGAGUCUCGGCGGGGUACGGGCUGAGCAUGUUCGCCGCGCAGUCUUCCCCUCCGGACCCGUGCUACGACGAGAACGGGAACCCGCGGAGAUGCAUCCCCGAUUUCGUCAACUCCGCGUUCGGGAAGGACGUGCGCGUGUCCAGCACCUGCGGCAACCCGGCCGCCAGGUACUGCGUGGUGGCCGAGAAGGGAGAGGAGAGGACGCGCGACUGCCACACGUGCGACGCCGCGGACCCCAAGAAGUGCCAUCCGCCCGCGUACUUGACGGACCUCAACAACCCGCACAACCUCACCUGCUGGCAGUCGGAGAACUACGCGCAGUACCCGCAGAACGUCACCCUCACCUUGUCUCUGGGCAAAAAGUUUGAAGUCACCUACGUGAGCCUGCAGUUCUGCUCACCUCGACCCGAGUCCAUGGCGAUCUACAAGUCCAUGGACUAUGGCAAGUCGUGGGUGCCCUUCCAGUAUUACUCCACGCAGUGCAAGAAGAUGUACAACCGGCAGAAUAAAGCGGCGAUCACCAAGCAGAACGAGCAGGAGGCCAUCUGCACCGACUCCCACACGGACAUGCACCCCCUGACGGGGGGACUCAUCGCCUUCAGCACGCUGGACGGCAGACCGUCGGCGCACGACUUCGACAACUCCCCGGUGCUGCAGGACUGGGUGACGGCCACCGACAUCAAGGUGAUCUUCAGUCGGCUGCACACCUUCGGCGACGAGAACGAGGACGACUCGGAGCUGGCCCGCGACUCCUACUUUUACGCAGUGUCGGACCUGCAGGUCGGGGGACGGUGCAAGUGCAACGGCCACGCGUCGAAGUGCGUCAAGGACCGCGAGGGGAACCUGGUGUGCGAGUGCAAACACAACACGGCGGGACCGGAGUGCGACAGGUGCAAACCUUUCCACUACGACCGGCCCUGGCAGCGCGCCACGGCCAGGGAAGCCAACGAGUGUGUCGCCUGCCACUGCAACCUGCAUGCUCGGCGCUGUCGCUUCAACAUGGAGCUGUACAAGCUGUCUGGCCGGAGGAGUGGCGGGGUCUGUCUCAACUGCCGCCACAACACAGCGGGACGCCACUGCCACUACUGCAAGGAAGGCUACUACCGGGACAUGACCAAGUCCAUCUCUCACCGCAGAGCCUGCAAAGCAUGUGAUUGCCACCCAGUCGGGGCAGCAGGGAAGACGUGUAACCAGACAACAGGCCAGUGCCCCUGCAAGGACGGAGUCACAGGAAUCACCUGCAACCGCUGUGCCAAGGGCUACCAGCAGAGCCGCUCGCCGAUAGCUCCCUGCAUCAAGAUCCCAGUUGCAUCUCCAACAGCGACUUACAGCAGCUACGAGGAGCCGUCAGAUUGCGAAUCACACUGUAAAGCUUCCAAGGGAAAGAUGAAGAUCACCAUGAAGAAGUACUGUAAAAAAGACUACGCCGUUCAGGCGCACGUGCUGAAAGGAGACAAAGCAGGCGAGUGGUGGAAGUUCACCGUCAACAUCAUUUCCAUCUACAAACAGGGUGAGCACCGCAUCCGCCGCGGGGACCAGCUGCUGUGGGUGCGCGCGAAGGACGUGGCCUGCAAAUGCCCCAAGAUCAAGCCCGGCAGGAAGUACCUGCUCCUGGGCACAGACGACGACUCCCCCGGGCAGAGCGGCGUGGUGGCGGACAAGGGGAGCCUGCUCAUCCCCUGGAAGGACCUGUGGGGCCGCCGGCUGAGGAAGUUCCAACAGCGCGACAAGAGGGGGAAGUGCUAAAAGUAGCUGGA